AUGGACUUGGAGAGGGGUUGGGGACCCGUAGCCAUGCCGUCCUCCUGGCGGCUCUCACACUGGCCACCUCACCUGACCUGUCCUUACUCAGAGCUGCAGGCUGAGGGCACCUCUGAGCUCUGUCUGGAGCUGGGACUCAGCUCCUUCAAACUGGGCUCCAGCGGGGACCACUGGGCCCUUCAGGGGCUGCUGAUCGGAGCUCCGGAGAGUGCUGCCUUUGUAUCUGUUUUGUUUGUUCACACUUCCAUGUACGAUUCUAUUUGCACAGAGGGCAUUCCUGUUUUUAAAACAUUUUUGAAAACCCCUGCCUGA